GACACAAUGGGGAACAGAAGCGGGCUCGCUCGCCGCGGUCACGAGAGCACUGGCAGAGUGACGUCACUUUCCUGAACCGGGCCGCGGUCGUUGAGCGGAGCGGAGCGGAGUCUUCCCGAGUCCUGCCGAGUUGUCCCGAGUCUCCCCGAGUCCCGAGAGAGAGGCGAGAACAGCUCAACUUUUAAUGUAAGCGGGCCGAGCCGAGCCGAGCCGAGCGGAGCGGAGCCGCCGUGUGCCGUCUCGCUGUUUUCCCUCUCCUUUAUGCAUCUUCCCGGUCGACUGAGUUCCACAACGACUCGCUGUUUCCUCACUUAUUCAGUCGCUCGUCCGGGCUCGUCUUAAAAAAAAAAAGAAAAAGAAAAAGCGAUUGUCUGCUUUCUGUCCAGCUUUCCUGCCACUCCAACACACAACAGAGGCUUGACUGAGUGAUUGAGUGAGUGACUGCAUGGAUCGGGCUGAACAUGAAGAGCCUCAAAGCGAAGUUUAGAAAAACUGAUACCAAUGAGUGGAAUAAAAACGAUGAGCGGCUGCUUGCUGCGGUGGAGCACGGCGAGGCGGACAAGGUGGCGUCGCUUCUCGCAAAGAAAGGUGCCAAUGCUGUGAAGCUGGACAGUGAGGGCAGAUCUGCUCUCCAUGCAGCAGCUGCUCGAGGUCAGACUGAAUGCCUCUCGGUCAUCUUGGCUCAUGGAGCUGAUCUAUCAGUCACUGAUCUUGCAGGUUUUAAUUCUUUGCACUUGGCUGCCAAAAACAAUCACCUUGAAUGCUGCAGAAAACUCAUUCAGAGUAAAUGUCCCAUCGAUGCUCUCGACAGCUCAGGAAAGACUGCUCUGCAUCAUGCUGCUGCCAGUGGGAACAUCCAGAUCGUCCAGCUGCUGUGUGAACUCAAAAGCCCCAUUAAUCUGAAAGACACAGAAGGCUUCACGCCUCUGCUGCUGUCGGCCAAACACGGCCAUGCUGAGGUGUGCAGCGCUCUGUUGGACUGCGGUGCUGAAAUCAACACUUCUGACAGCAGCGGCAGGACCGCCUUGAUGCUCGCAGCAGAGUCCAGCGCGGUGUCCGUUGCAGACCUCGUGGCUCAGCGGGGGGCCGACCUGGCAGCUGUGGAUUCAAACGGCCACGACGUGUUACACUAUGCUAAGCUGUCAAGCAACACAGAGGCGAAAGCGGCCCUCAUGACAGCUCUGAAUAAAUAUCUGGCCAUAGAUCCCAAAUCCCCUAAAAGCCCACAGCAUGAUCAAGUAGCUAAACUAAGUGAUGAACGGAUCACAACUCCCAAAAAACGAAAAGCACCUCCGCCUCCUAUUAGCCCACUGCAGAGCUCGGGACCUUCCUCUCCUUCAGUUGUUACGUCCACCGGCACACCUGUGUCCAACAAAAGUGACACUCCCAGAAGAUUCAACUAUAAGGAGGAGGAUGAGACCAGAGGAACGGUGCUGAGAGAGGAGGUGGAGAAACUCCACGAGGAGAGAAACAUGCUGCUGGAGACCAUCGAGGACCUGAAGCAGACGAUGGAGACGGUGACCGGUCCCGAGCUGGACACAAAGAGCGAACAGAGUUUCACGGCAUCCGCGGCUCUGCUUUCUGCGCUUCAAGCCAAGGUUACUGCUCUCACUCUGGAGAACCAGCAGCUCGCUAGCAAACUAAAGAAACAUCCGACCCUUCAUGGCACUGAGGACCUGAAGGACGGCAGUCGUCCCGACAGCAUGGCCUCCAACUCCUCCUUCCACUCCACGCAGGAUGAGUUUGAGCCCCUUCCCCACGUCCCCUCCCCGGGGCAGCAGACUGACGGGGCGGAGGAGGUCGACGGCGAAGGCGGGCGAGGGGGGAGCAAAGAGGAGAUCAGGCUGCUGAGGCAGGCGCUGGAGAGCGUCCAGACCAAGCUGCUGGAGACCAGGAAGGAGAACCGCUCGCUCCAGGCUCAGCUGAAACCCGAGCGGAUCAGAGAGCAGGAGGACGACGAGGGCGUCCGGGAGAAAGCCAGGGAGGAGGAGCUGAUGGGAAGUCUGGCCGAGCUGCAGGCCAAGCUGACAGACACCCAGGAGCGGUACCACCAGGCCGUGGAGGAGGCGGAGGCCCUGAGAGCCCAGGUGGGGGAGGGCGAGCCGGCGGAGAGACAGGGGGUCCAGAGGCGAGCGUCGCUGGAACGUGAAGUGAAGCAGCUGAAGGCGCAGCUGGCGCAGACGGGGUCCGAGCACGACAGAGCGGGCGAACGGAUCCGACAGCUGGAGGAGGCGCUGAGGAGGACGGACGAGGAGAAGCAGAGCGCUCAGGACAAGGAGCAGAGGAUAGCGCAGAUCGAGGAGCUGUACAAGGAGGCGCAGGAGGAGGUCAGAGUGCUCCAGGAGGCCCUGAGGGGCACGGUGCCCGUCGAAGCAGCGGCCAAGGACUUCGAGGACAUGAAGGCUGAGCUGAACGAGGUGAUCUCCGGGCUGCAGCGCCGCCUGCUGGAGCUCUCGCACUCCUUCAGCGACACCAAGAGCCAGCUGGGCGCCGCGCAGAAACAGCUGGCCGAGAGCAGCGCGGCCUCGUCCGCGUCCGCCGAUCAACAGGUCCGGAUGCUGAGCGGGAAGGUGGAGGAGCUGCAGGCGCUGCUGGUGGAGACGGAGGGGAAGUUCGCGGCCACUCAGGAGGAGAUCGCGCUCCUGCGGCGGGAGGCGGAGGCCCAGGCCCAGAGCUCCGUGGCCCUGGCCGACCACACGCAGGUCAUGUCAUCUCUGGGGAACGCCAUCAAAGAGCUGGAGAGCGAGGCGGAAGCCUUGAGGGCCGAGCUGCACCAGAAGACCAUGCAUGUGGAGGCGCUUCAGAAAAGGCUGACAGCAGAAAAGGACGCCCCCACCGAGGACUCGGCCGUACGCCAGGAGCACGAGACGGUGCGGGAGCAGCUGGAGGCCGAGGUGGCCCACCUGACGCAGCUCCUCCAGGGGGCCCUCAGGAAGCAGGAUGAGAUGGCUCUGGAAGCCGCCGACGCGUGGCAGCAGGCCCGGGACAACCGUGCAGAGCGCGAAGCCCUGCAGGAGCUGCUGAUGUCCAGGGAGAAGGAGAACCAGACGCUGACCUCCAGACUGGCCGAGUCCCAGGAUGCCGUUUCUCAGCUCAAACAGCUGGUUGAGAAUCACGUCGCCUCAGAGCGAGAGAAGAACAAAAGGAUAGACGACCUGUCUCGUGAGGUGGGGAAACUCAGGGACGCCUUAAACAGCCUGUCCCAGCUUUCCUACACCUCGUGUUCUCCGUCCAAGAGGCAGCAGCAAACCCAGCAACUGGAGACGAUGCAGCAGCAAAUCAAGCAGCUGCAGUUCCAGCUGGCCGAGUCAAAGAAGCAGCAUGAAGAGAUCGUGUCGGUCUACAGGAUGCAUCUCCUCUACGCCGUUCAGGGUCAGAUGGACGAGGACGUCCAGAAAGCCUUGAAGCAGAUCCUGAUGAUGUGCAAGGUGCCAAGCCAGGCCAAGGAGGCCUGCUGAGAGUCGGCGGGAGCCGUCUCCUCCAAUCAGCAACCGUGUCUUUCUGGGGGGAAAAGCGACGACGGGAAAGCCCGACACGCGGUGCCUCUGGACAGACCUCGAGUAUCGGUGGAAAUGAGAAACUGGUUUACAGUCUUUGCCUUUGUGACAUGAUGGAAGAAGAGUUUGUUUUUUUUUUUUUACAAAAAUGGCACAAGCAGAUAAGAUUCUCAGUAUUCGUACGUCAGCACUUAAAAUGUGCCGUAACCUUAAAUCCCACGCAGCUGCAGAGGUGUGACCGCUCAUGUGUUCGACCACACUCACACUGCGUUUCUGUUACAACGUGCGCUUAGUGAAAUCAGACCAUCGUCCGUGAUGCUGGUAAUAGUAUCUGUUUUAUGAUACAGCAGUGUUAGUAUUACUUUAAAUCCUCUCAAGAUCUUUUAUGCUUAUUCUAGUCAAAUUUCAAAUGCAGGUGCAUCUCAAAAGCCUUUUGUCUGCCAUUUCCACAACGAAACAUUGAAACUAAAAUGUUUCAAGCACGCUGUAUUUUUGACUUUCAUGAUUUGUAACAAGCCUGCCUGAAGGUUCCUUCCAGUACACAAAAUGACAGAAAGCAUUUUAAGUAGUGAUGCCGCAGUGAAAAUUUAAACCAUAUUGCUAGUACAUUAGCAUAGUAUCAAUCUAUAAAAAUCAAAAAUAAGUCACACAAGGGAACCUUGUUAAAAUUUACUUAGUGUUCAAAAAAAAGUGACAGACAAAGGGAACAUUUAGUAUUUACUAUCUCUUCCUCCAUUUCACUGGUCCGACCUGUUCAAAAUCAAACUGGACUGCACGUCAACUAAAACAGGUUUGAAUGUUCUAGAAUUGUAUUAAAAAAUGCAACCGAAAUGCUUGAAAUAUUUCAGUUUGUCUGAAAAAUGUAAAAAUAAAUUGAAGCUUCUAAGUUGUUUGAGAUGCAUCUGAAGUUUCGCCCUGUUAAUGAUGCAUGAAUGUUUUUUUGUUUUGUUUUUUGGCCCACUCUUCUCUAAAGACUCAAGAGAAAAAAAUAUUCUAUUGGAAUUUUCACUCUGUGUAAAAUAUAUAUAUUUUACUGAAAAUAUCUGUUUUCUUAAAGUUACUGUACAUUACUGAAGAGGUUCGAAGACUGUAUUUCUGCUGGCGUGUGAGUUUUGUGUGAAUGAGAAGCUUUUUUCCCCCCCGAGUGUAACAACACUAUGUUAUCGUAACACCUGACUUAGUUCAUUUUCUCAUUAUUAUUCAUAUUUUACGUACACUAAAACUGUUUACUUAAGUAUAUGAAAGGUAACAUUGCAAAUCUCACAGAUGUCCGCCAGUGUGGGCUCAACGUUCGGACCGGAAGACUCCACAUUUCCUCCUGCAGGCUUUUCUUUGUACUUGAAAAGAAGUCAAAUCAAACAUUUGAGUUUUAUAAGAAAGUUCUCCUGCAUCAGUCAGUAUUUUUUCACCAGGCUCCCUUCUUCUUAAUUUAUUCACACGAUUGAAGUUAUUCUGUAGGUUCAUGGUUCUCCGUUGUCGGUACAGAAACACGUUUCAGAUGCACUUCUCUGGCCGCGUCGUCUCCAGGCUCGGUUACUGUGUUCACACACUCCUUUGCCUUGUCGCUGUCCUCGGAGCCCGGAGAGAUCAAUGUUCUGCUCGACACUGCUGGAGACACACGCAGCACUUACGCUGGAGUGGUUUCAAUCAAUAUGAGCGAUUGACCCCUCAUUUCUUAGUCGGGAAGGUUUGAAUUUUUAGUUUUUGCUCCUGAGUUGAAGCCUUUGCAUGUCUCUCUAUGUUUUGGGCGGCUGAACAUCAUCAGUGAUUUUCUGAGUCUCUCUCGGCCUUGACUGAAAUGUUUUGUACCAAGAAAGGGAAAAACAACGAAACGACUUUUCUGUCUGUUGUUUCUUUACGGUUUUGUAGUGACUAGAAAAAAAAAAUGCUUGUUUGCCAACUUUAAUAAAUUUUCAAGAUAC